AUGAACACCGUGACUGCCCUGGGACAAAUAGAGACGUCCGUUAUCUCUUUAAUGGAUGAAGAGAACCGCCGCCGCAUGGUGCCCCACGAGGACAUUCAGCGGCUUUGGAAGUACGGCACGCAAAAUGAGCCGAUCCCCGGUACAGAAACGGAGAAUAUGUCAGCCAUUUACCGCCGCAUCGGUGCGAACGAUGAGGGUCACGCAAAACUUUGCCACGACUGGUACUACGGCGAUAACAUGCCACAGCGGUUCAAGAAGAUAUGUGAGGCGGGGGGAAAGCGCAAGGCUUUCGCGUACCGCCCCAUCCAACGUAUCUCUAAGGAGGUACUCCGAGAUCAGAACGGCCUGGAUCGCAUGUACGAAAUUGCAUACUUCAACGACACCUGCUACCUCGACUUUGAUACAUUAUGGGAGUACAUCACUUGCUUUGGCCGCGGCCUCGUCGAGCUUGGCGUGCCACACCACUCCAACGUUGCCAUCUACGAGGAGACGCGGUGGGAGUGGCUCGCAACCAUUUAUGGCAUCUGGACACAGGACAUGAUAGCCUGCACGGUGUACGCCACACUAGGUGAGGCAUCGCUUGGUUACGCUUUUAGGGAGACUGAGAGUACUGCUGUCAUCUGCAGUGGGGCAAGUGUACCGAGCCUCCUGCGCAUGAUGCGUGAGGGAAAGAUGCCCCCCACCAUUAUUAUUUACAUUGGUGAUCUUCCACCUGAGACCACCGCUGGUAACUACCGUAUCAUCUCGUGGUACCAGGUUGUGGAUAACGGCCGCCUCUCGGAUGAACCUCUGCGCAUCCCCACUAACAACGAUCAGCUGGCAUUCGUCAUGUACACCAGCGGCACCACAGGUGACCCAAAGGGUGCAAUGCAUACGCACGGAUCUCUCGUGUCGGGAGUGUUAGCCUGCAGUGAUCGCGUGAGUGAUCUCAUCGGCCCCUUCGUGGAGGGAGAGACAUACUGCGCAUACCUCCCACUCGCCCACAUUUUCGAAUUUGGUGUUGUGAACAUAUUCCUUGCGCGUGGGUCGCUGGUCGGCUUCGGUAGCCCCCGCACGCUCCUCGACACCUUCGCCCGCCCACACGGCGACUUUGCGGAGUACAAACCCGUCUUCUGCAUCGGCGUGCCGCGGAUUUUCGACACUAUCAAGAAGACUGUGGAGGCGAGGCUGGCGCCGCGCGGUACCCUUGAGUACCGCAUCUACGAGCACGCUUUUCAGAGCCGCCUACAGGCACUGAAGAACGGGAUGGAGACACCGUACUGGAACGAGGUGGUGUUCAGCCCUUUCUACGGGAUGAUCGGCGGCAGGAUGCGCGUCAUGCUCGCCGCUGGCGGCCCUACUAGUGCCCCCACGCAGACGUUUCUCAACGUCAUCUUUGGUGUCAUGGCGCAGGGCUGGGGCCUCACCGAGACGGUGUGCGUAGGCACAAAGCAGCUGCGCGGUGACAUGGAGACAGUUGUGGCGGGGCAGCAGGAGCACACCUGCGAGAUGAGGCUUCUGGACGUGGAGGAAUACAAGCACACUGACACACCGGAACCGCGUGGUGAGAUUUUGCUCCGUGGCCCAUUCCUCUUCAAGGGAUACUACAAGCAAGAGCAGCUCACACGCGAUGCCAUUGACGCCGAUGGGUGGUUUCACACGGGAGAUGUUGGCAGCAUCACGACAAACGGCCGCUUACGGAUUAUUAGCCGUGUAAAGGCACUUGCAAAGAAUGUGCUGGGUGAGUACAUUGCCAUGGAGGCGUUGGAGUCUAUGUAUGCACACAACGCCCUCUGCCUGCCCAAUGGAGUCUGUGUGCUUGUGCNUCUUCAAGGGAUACUACAAGCAAGAGCAGCUCACACGCGAUGCCAUUGA